AUACUACAGAUACUACAAUAUACCUCCAUGUUCAAAUUUUUUUAAAUAAUUGCAAUUGCCCAGAAGAUGUUUUCCUCAGCUGCGAAAGAAUGAACAAUGAAAAUGAAAAUCUGCUAACCUACAUAAGAUUACUCCUUUUAUUGCCAUUGGAAACUGGUUUACGAUCUGAUUCUAUGAGUCAGCCAGUUGAAAUUCCCACAUUUGCAUAGAAGAGACUGAUAACACAGUCAAAUUUACGCAGUGAUGGAUCAAUGGUGGAAAAGCCUAAAGGAUCUUUUUAGCAGUGUUAGUAGUCGACUGAGUGAUUCUGAAAACGAAUCAUCAGAAGAAUUUUUAGCAAGCGAUGACACAAUCUUCAACAAGUCAUCUCACCAGUCCUCAACAAGUCACGAGAAUUCGGAAAAGGGUGAGGAUCCCGAAACCACUGCAGCUAUUGAUCGUACUGAAUUAGAGGUUGUAGAGUUAAACGAGCUUAGCAUUGGACCUCGAGUGAGAGAAGCAGAAUACACUAAUUUAUUAAACUACCUUAACUUAAGCCCUGACGAUAAAUUUACUUUAAAAAAAGCUAGGAUGGUGGAUAACAACACUAUUAAUGAUAAAGCUUUAACAUCAAUUAAUGAAGUUCCUAAGUAUAUUGUUGAAAAAUUAAUGAUAGUUGAUUAUCAUGCACGAGCAUUUAAACUAAAACCGCGCGAUGAGAGCGUUAAGAAAGCUGCAGCAGCAACUUUUGAUGAAAGUGAUGAUGAAGACAGAGAGCAGGCAAUGGAAGACGAAAGACUAAAAGAAACAGUGAACCCUAUGGAUGCAUUUAUUGCCAUAUUUCAUUGCUCUGAUGAUUUUCUGCGUCAGGAUCUCGCUAUCAAAUUAUCUAGUUGUCAACUCAGCGUUCCUUUUCUCCUUCCUGAUCCUGUAGAACCUUCUGAGAAAAUCACAAUGUUGAUAUGGGCUUUAGAAGGAAUAAAGAAAUCAUGGAAAUCAGCAAGUAAGACCAGCGAGCGUCCAAAAGCUCAACAUGUCUUUGUUUUGGAACAUCCCUUUCCAGUUGUCACCUUUGUCCGUAUUGAAAAAAACGGAUUCUCCAAAUCCGUUCUGUUGAACAAGGUUAUAAGUGACGUAAAUGGAUAUCAUGAUUUCUUCUUCCACAAAGAUUGCAAAGGGGGCGGAGUUAAACGACAAAUCGUUGAUGGAUUGGUAGAACUGUGUUGGUACCUACCUGAAGAAAGAAAUAGUCAGGCAUUCCAAAAUGAAAUUUGCUUCGCGAACUUGAGAGGAGACGUUAGGAAUUUCAAGAAACAAUUGAGUGUCAUGACAAAAAUUUCAUCCGUCAUAUUCUUGAUUCUUCCGUCUGAAUAUCCAAAUGAAUCGACGAAUGGCAUUUUGAUCGAGAUGGCAAAAGCAGAAACCAAAUUUGUUCUUAUCUUCAAUGACAAGCCAAGAGAAGACGCGAAGCAAUAUUUUGAUGACUUCAAACGAAAACAUCGAGGUAGGUUUUCUUCCUUAAACAGGAGCGCACAAGCAAAUGAAGACGACUUCGUUGAAACUAUUCGGGAAAAAAUUCAAAGGAAUAUCAACACAUCCAAAGGCACGCCGUUGAAGGAAAUCAGUGCUACGUUGGCAAAUGAAUGUAACAUUUACCUCGACGAAGACUCUGAUAACAACUCUAUUUGGCGGGAAAGCAUAAGCCCGUGGAUGAACAUGGGUCCCAAAGAUGCUAAAAUGCAAUUAAAGUUACAGACUCAAGUCCCUGUGAUUGCAAGUUUAGAACGAGAGAAUUUUUGCCCAAAGCCACAGGCAAAUAAGUCUGAAAAUGAACGCAUUGACGACAAUUUUAAGAAGAAGAAGGAAGCAAGAGAUUCUCAAAAAGAAUCGUUUUUUUGAAAUGGAGAAAGAAAUACGCAGAUGUCUCAAUCGAAUAGCAGUGAUGAAUGAUGUCGAACGACGGUAUGCUUUGGCGAUAUUGAAACAUGAUCUAGAUAAGAUGUCUCUGAAUGUUAUAGGAUCCUUACAAGUACAAUACCGUGAUGUGUGGCUCAAGAUGCAGAAAAAGAAGAAACAAAAGCAACUGGAUAUCUCUGACGAUCGUUUCAUUUCGGAAGAAAAGGAACAUCUUAAACAAUUAGAAGAUACAAUUAUAGAAAGUUCGUUUGGUUUGGAACAUUUAAUUCGAGAAAUCGCCCAGAUGUUCGAACUUACAGAAAUCAGUCUGCUUAACUAUGCAGGAGCUGCUGCGGACAUGUUGCUUUCAGGACAGCCUCUUGAGCUGAUGGACGGUGAUUCCUCGUACAUUCCGCUAAAAUGGUUUAAUGCUGUAUACAGUAAACUUGCGCUUAAAACAAACAACGCAAAAAUCUUUGUAAUUUCCGUUCUAGGCAUUCAAAGUUCAGGUAAGUCGACGAUGUUAAACACAAUGUUUGGCUUGGAGUUUCCAGUCAGUGCAGGCAGGUGCACGCGUGGAGCUUUUGCCAGUCUUAUUCCAGUUAGUGAUUCUCUAAUGUCUUCGUCAAACUUUGAUUAUGUUUUGAUCAUCGAUACUGAAGGUCUUAGAGGAUCUGCAGAUCCAGAAGUUCGACAACAUGAUAAUGAAUUGGCAACGUUUGCAAUUGGCAUAGCUGAUCUCACUAUAGUCAAUAUCUUUGGUGAGAAUUACAAUGAUAUGAAAGAAUUCUUGGAAAUUGCCGUUCACGCCUUCUUGAAGAUGAAACUGGUCAAGGAAAAAAGAAUAUGUCAAAUUGUUCAUCAAAAUGUUGCAGCUGUUGAAGCCUCAGACGUUCUGGCGACUGAGCGCAUUUCUCUCAAAAAGAAACUGGAUGAAAUGGCCAAACUAGCUGCUAUUGAAGAAAACUGUGAAGACACGUUUCAAGAAUUGAACGAUAUCCUUUCAUUUGAUGAAAACGAUGACGUGUUUUACAUACCGAACCUUCUCCAAGGAAGUCCACCAAUGGCACCGAUGAAUCCUGAUUAUGGAAGAGCUGUUCAAAGAGUAAAGGAAAAAAUUAUUUCAUUAAUGUGUUCACCAGAACGCUCUCAUCAUCCUAUUUCUCAGUUUAAAAAGCGUGUCUGUGAUCUCUGGAAGGCCAUCCUACGCGAAAAUUUCAUUUUUAGCUUUCGGAACACAAUCGAGGUGCGCGCUUAUACAUCUUUAGAUCAAAAAUAUUUUGAGGAAUCCAUGAAAAUAGUGACUGGCAUGACCGAACUUGAAAAAAAAAUUCAAGUAUUAUUAAUGAGAGGUUCAGCAGAGGAUCGAGAAGAUAUUUGGUCUGUCGGUAAAAUGGAGAUUAGAGAACGAGGAGAUGAACUUGGCAAAAAAAUGGGGAAAGCUAUGGAAGAUUUCUUCGAAACGAAUGAAGACAAGGCAACUCUUGAGCAAUGGAAAGAAAAUAUCAUGAAUAAAAUCAAUUACCUUAUGGAUUGCCAGAUCACAGAGGUCAUGAAAAAUUGCAAAGCUAGUUUUCUUUAUUGGCAAAACCGACAGGAGGUGGACAUAAAGAAACAAACGUGUGAAAACGAGUUACUUGCAAAGGCUAGAAAGUUUAUUUCCUCAGUUGAAGAUACAGAUGAUGUGGAAAAGUGCGCUGCUAAAUUCGAGCAAGAAUGGCAACAUUGGAUUGAAGAUGUUCAACCAUGCAUCGACAAACGUGUUGACGUUAAUCGAGAAAUGAUGAUUGUCCUACUUCACACAGACGGUAGGCUGACUGGAAAAAUGAAAGAAAAAUACAACGCACAAGGAUGCAAUUUGUUGAAUUUUAGGAACAUUUGCCCAUCCAUUCAGAAUCAGCUUCAAGUAGGUGGUUUAGAAAGAUUUCUGCAAAUGUUUCGAAAUAAUCCGCAGCUGGUUAUGGAUGCAGAGAAAAUCCGGGAUGAUGCGAUAAAUGCAGCAUUUAAUUUUGUAAGCGAGACAUCGAAGUCAGGUGUCAGAUGCAGACCUGCUGAUUUGAAACGGAUGUACUUUCUUGUUAUCUCCACAAUUAAAGAUUUAACAAAAAAUCAUAAGUUUAAUUUUCCCUACAGCUUGUUGUGUGAUACGUUACUUUUCGUCUUUGCCAAUACGUACAACGAUUUCUGUCAGAUGGAAGAACGUUACAUCCAGGAGCGGGACAUAAGAGGAGAUCUGGAGAGAAAUUUGCGACCAUCCCUCGAAAAAUAUUUCUUAAACACGUGUAAAGAGAUGAAAAAAGAAGUGCUUGCUGCCACUUUGAUGGUAGACGUUCUUCAAAAGGCAAUCGAGUCUGAUUUGAAUAAAAGCAUGGGAUCAGCAGUUGCUGGGGAAAUCCUGAAAAAAAAUGAAUUCCAAAGUAAAGGACAGUUUCAUGCAAGUGUACUAAUUCAACUUGGAGAGGAUUGCCAGUUUAAACCCUACACAGAGUAUCUUUUAAACCCUGUCAAGUUUCUCAAAGAUAAGUUAAUUGAAUCCAUUGAAUACUAUUGCCUCACUAAUGCAGACAACUCAGUUAACUUACUUCUUGAAAAUGAGGUGAGAAGAAUCCAGGAACAAGUGAUUGCGGCCAUUUUAUCCUCAAACAGAAGAGUGGGAUCGUCCCAGGGAGCAACGUUUUCUUUCUGGAUAGAGAACUUUGUUGAUAGCUGUUCGACGCUCGAGAUUACCACAGAAAUGUUCGCUGUCGCAGCAAUUGAUAAUGAUUUAAAAGAUUUUGAGAUGUUUGAGAGUCAGGCCAUUAAAUUGGUAAAGGAAUUUUUACAGCUUUUAAUCGACCGAGGUGUGAAUCAGAAAUUUUACAAAGCAUGGAAUCCAACACCUCAUUCAAAAUUACUCGAUAUGAUGUUCGGCUGUCAGGAGUGUUGUCCAUUCUGCAAGGGUUUAUGUGAUCAAACCGUUCGAAAUCAUGCGGGUGGACACUCAACAAGGAUUCACCGUCCUCAGGGAAUAACUGGUUAUAGAAAUGUACACACGAAUAUUUUAGUAACUAAAAUAUGCACAACCUUGGUUGAUAGCGACGGCUCAUUCAAAAAUGUGGAUACAUCUGAUCAGUGGCAUCGUUAUAAAGAGUACCAAACAGUUAACGACUAUUACAAAUCCUGGGCAAUUCCACCUGACCAAUCUUUUGAGGCAUCCGCAUAUUGGAAGUGGUUUAUUGCGACAUACGCAAACGAGCUAGCGACUUACUAUAGUGCAGAACCACCAGAGGUGCCUCUAGCAUGGAAAAACAUUUCUUUUGACGAAGCAAAGCAGCAACUUCGUGAAGAAUUUAACCUAGUAUAAUUUAUCUAGCUUCACCUAACCUUUCAUAAUACAAAUAAUUAUCAGUACAUCAAUAUAUGGUCAACCUUUCGCUUCUUUUCCAAAUUUUUAAAACAUUGCUAAGCAUAUAUAAGAACUGGCAUAAUGUAUAUAGCUAACCUAAAAUACAGGGUGUCCCAAAAAAAAAGCAACCACUUAAAUAUGCAGAACAUUA